UUCGGCUCAUCACGUAACGUCACUACUGCUCUGCCUCUUCCUGCUGUUUGGCUCUGAAAGCAGCUCAGAAAUGGCGCAUCCAGGACCGAAACCGGAGCAGGACAAACUCAGCUGCUCCAUCUGCUUGGACCUCAUGAAGGAUCCUGCAACUAUUCCGUGCGGCCACAGCUACUGCCUGACCUGCAUCGGGAGGUACUGGGACGAGGCGGAGGAGAGCCCCAGCUGCCCGCAGUGCAGGCAGAGCUUCAGCCCGAGGCCGCCGCUGGUGAGGAGCUCCGUGCUAGCGGAGCUGGUGGAGGAGAAGAGGAAGAGGAAGAGGAAGAGCGGCCCGCGGGCGGCUCCCGACGAGCCCAGCGAGGAUUUGUCGUGUGAUUUCUGCAGUGAGGAGAAGCAGAAAGCAGUGAAGUCGUGCCUGCAGUGUUUGGUGUCGCUCUGUGAGCAGCACCUCCAACCUCACUUCUCCAUCCCCGCCCUGAAGAGGCACAAGCUGGUGGAGCCGUCCCGGCAGCUGGAGGACACCGUCUGCCCGCUGCACAGUGAGGUGAUGAAGAUCUUCUGCCGCACCGACCAGAGCUGCAUCUGUUACCUCUGCUUGAUGGACGAGCAUAAAGGCCACCAGACGAUUUCUGUUGCCACGGAGAUGAGCAACAAGGAGAAGGAGCUGGCGGCGCGUCGGCAGGACGUCCAGCGGAGAAUCCAGGGCAGAGAGCAGGAGGUGGAGAAGCUCCAGCAGGUGGAGCAGGACAUCCAUCAGUCUGCUGACGAGGCGCUGAGAAACGCAGAGAAGAUCUUCACCGCUGUGAAGCAGCAGAUCCGAUCUCGGCAGGAAUCUGAGGUGAACAAAGUGAAGGAGCUGCUGGAGGCGCUGGAGGAGGAGAUCAGGGAUCUGAGGAGGAGAGCCGCCAUGUUGGAGGAGCUGCAGCCGACCAGUGACCACAUCUGCUUUCUGCAGAACUACGGCUCCCUGGCCCGACUCGGAGAGGCCUCUGACCCGACCCGCAUCGACGUUCAGCCUGAGAGCUUCAGACGAGACGCAGAGGAAAAGGUUUCUGAGCUGAGUGACAAACUGGAGGAGCUGCUCACCGAGGACUGGAGCCCAGUUCCACCAACUGGAACCGAUGUGGAGGUUCUGGUUCCACAGGCAGAACCUCAGACCAGAGAGGAGUUCCUGCAGUACGCCUGUCCUCUCACUCUAGAUCCAAGGACUGUACACAAGUGGGUCAAAGUAGAGAACUACUCGAGAGCACAAUAUUAUUAUCCAAAAUAUGAGUCUGUGGAUCACCCAGAUAAGUUCUUACGCUGGCCCCAGAUUUUGUGUAGAGAAGCUCUAACUGGGCGUUGUUACUGGGAGGUGGAGUGGAAAACCCUUUAUGGCUAUUCUGAAGUGUUCAUAGCAGUUUCAUAUAAGGACAUUAGCCAAAAAGGUGAUGAAAGUGCGUUUGGAAACAAUAAAAAGUCCUGGGCUUUGCAGUGUUGCUGUCAGGGUUAUGAAAUCAGACACAACUGGAUCAGAACUCCAGUCUCAGGUCCACUUUCAUCCAGAAUAGGAGUUUACCUGGAUCACAGUGCAGGUGUUCUGUCUUUCUACAGCGUCUCUGACAACAGCAUGAGCCUCCUGCACAGAGUCCAGACAACGUUCACCCGACCUCUCUGUCCUGGCUUCGGUGUAUAUUAUGCUGGUACCUGGGCUGAGAUUUGUGACCUGGCAGCAAAACCUACCACAUCCGACGAUACCUUAUUUGAUUAAAAUAACUCAAAUUCUUGAACAAUUGAAUUUCUAUUUCUUUUGCAUGUAAGAAAUAGACAUUUUCUAUUUUAUUGGUCUUUCAAGACAUUUAUGUUUAUUUUUCAAUAAAAUCUUUAAUGUCUGAGCUGUUCCUUAGCUUGGUGUGUUUUAUUACUUUAUAAUGUUUAAAACAUGUUUUCAACCAGCUCAAUGUAAAAUAAUCUUAUAACUGUAAUUUGUAACAUCGUGCUUGUAGCUCUGUAGAAAUAUUUACUGUCAUUUAUUAACUGUUUCCAAUAAAGUUUUUUAAACGCAGUGAA